GACAAAUGGGACACAUGAAUGUCGUUCUCUGAAGUCAUCGUAAACAUGUAAAACAGUUAUUUUACUUGACAACUUUUGACCAAACCAUGAGGACGUCUGACCUGCUGCUCAUCGCGCUGGGACUCGUGAUUUCAUGCGACGCUUUCUCAGUCACCAUCAAGACAGUGGGUGAUGAAGUCGUCCUCAGUCCAGACUCUAAGGUUGAUGACAUCAUCAGCAUAACAUGGAUACAUGACAGGAACAUUGUCACUGAGUGGUAUAAAGUCAAGACUGAGUGCUACGAGCAGCUCAAAGGUCGCUGUAAACUGGACACCACAACUGGAAACCUGACCAUCUUUAACCUGACACUAGAGGACAGUGGGAUCUACAUAGCAGAGAUCAACGAUAAAGUCCUGGACCCAACUGAACUGAAGGUUUUCUCACCUGUUCCUAAACCAACUGUCUCCAUGAGCUGUGACGAUGAAAAGACCCACUGUGUUCUGACCUGUGAAGGCAUCACUGCAGGUGUUGGACCAGUCACCUACACCUGGUGGUCAGAUAAUAAGAUUAUACAUGAAACCAAGGAACUGAUCAUAACAAAGGAGGAGAAGGAACCUUCAUUUACCUGUGAGGUGAAUAAUUCAGUCAGCUCUAAAAGAAGCGAAGAAUUCAUCAACCCCUUCAUCACCAACAAAAGUCAGACUGCAUCAAUCUUAAUAGGAGUCUUUGUUCUGUUGGGUGUUGGUGUUGGUGUUGGUGUUUGUGGUGUUGGUGUCUUUUUGUACAAACACAAAUCCAAAGAAAGAUGGGAGACGGCAGCGAAGAACAAAACGAGCCAAAAGGCUGAACACACCAUCGGUGAAGAGUUGGAGACGUUUGUGUGAAAACUGGACAAACUGUUGAACAAUUCAUCACAUCCACUACACCAGACACUAGAGGGACAGAUCCACUCCCUCAGUGAUUCUUGGUGGAUGUUUAUAAGCACUUUUUGUACAUUUUUGUAUCAUUUUAUAUAUGUAUAUAUGUGUAUAUAAUAUGUAAGGAUGCUGUUUGUUUCAUGUGCCAUGAAGCUGCUGUCAUUGAGAAGUUUUGUAGUAUAUUAUCUUCUUGUUUUUCUCUUCUGUCCCUUUCCUGUGUUUGGGGUUUGUGAAGUUUGUAUUAAGUUUAAAGGUCAA